AACAGAGAAUUUCCUUUAAGUCAUAGAUAUUCAUAACCUAUAUUUUUUGUGCAAUUAAUUGUGGAAUUACUAAUCCCUAUUUUUAAAAAUAUUCCAGGAAACUAUCGAAAGGAUUUCGAUGAGAUGGGCUGAUUAAUUUGAAUAUGAAAAAAAUAUCCUAAUAAUUUUAUCCGGUAUACAGAUAUUUGAGUAACGAUGAUGGGGGAGGCUAAAGACUCGGGCUUUAAAAGUUAUAUUGAUGAAGGUGGACUUGAGUCAAUAUCUCUAAAUGAUGACCAACGAACAAAACUUCUCAAUGGAGAAACUAUAGUUUGCGAAGUUGAAAAUGUACUGAUGUAUGGCCCACUGAGUGACAAAAAAAAAUUUACAUCCGGUGUACUAACAAUCACGACAUUCAAACUUUCAUUUGCUUGUGCCGAGGAGGAAUCUGAUUGGAGAGGUUACAUACAGCACAACAAUUUGUUGGGACUGAAUGAUGUGUGUUUAUCCUCCAUUGAUACUAUUUAUCAAAUUGGUGAAAAAACGAAAAGGAAAUUAAUACCUGGACAAAGUGUAUCAGGGAAAGUCAAGGAAUUAUUGAUAGUUUGUAAAAAUAUGAGAACGUUUGAAUUCAGCUUCAAAAGUGCAGCUAAAGAUGGUGGGAAGAAUGUAGCAAAUGUCUUGUUGCAUCAUUGUUACCCUAAAAGACAUAGUUUAUUAUUUGCUUACGAAUAUAGAUUUUUUUGUAGUGAUCUUCCAAGUAUGAAAUGCAUAUCUAGAGAAGCCAAGCUGUUUCGAACAAAAGAAGAUUGGAGGGCAGAGUAUAACCGAACAAAAUGUAAAAAUUGGAGAUUAUCGGAUGUCAAUCAAAAUUUUAGAACAUCUCAUAUGCUGGUAGAGUCGUUAAUUGUACCUCAGUCUUUGACUGACUCAACUUUAACGCAGGCUGUGGAACAUUUUAGGAAUAGGUGUGGUCCUGUUUGGGUAUGGGGCACUCCUUUUGGAGCAGCUCUAGUCAGAAUGGCAGAUUUGCUCCCAACCAUAACAGAUCGUACCCAAGAAAACACACUACUUGAACAUAUAAGAAGAAGUCAUCCGGAUAAAAAAGCUCCUUAUCUUAUCGAUCUCGGCAAAGAAUGCCCAUCCCCCAAAGACAUCCACGUCAGCUAUCUGAAGUUACGCGACUUGUGUGUACCUGACAGCACCAGACAGUUCAAGCAGCAAGAUUUCAAAUUUUACGGACUCCUAGACAGCUCACGGUGGCUGGCACAUGUGUCUGUUUGUUUAGGAAAGGCGGUAGAGGCAGCUGAACAGUUGAGUGUUCAUAAUUCCACCGUGGUUUUGCAAGAAGGAAAUGGCACUGAUAUGAAUUGUGUGAUAUCGAGCCUGGUCCAAAUCAUCCUAGACCCCUAUUUCCGAUCAAAAUAUGGCUUUCAGUCGCUGAUUCAAAAAGAGUGGGUCGCUAUGGGCCAUCAGUUCGCAUUUCGCAUGGGUCACAUUCUCGAUAAAGAGGUGGAAUUCUGCCCUUUUUUCCUGCUUUUCUUAGAUUGCGUCUGGCAGUUGUUGCAGCAAUUUCCGGUCGCUUUCAAGUUCAGCGAGACCUAUCUGACCACCCUGUGGGACUCGGUGGGUAUCUCCAUCUUUGACACCUUUCUCUUCAACUGCGAGCACGAUAGGGUGGUUGCGGAGCAGGGCCAGGACAAGCUGGUAUUAAGGAGCGUUUGGGAUUGGCACAAACAGUUUGGAGAGAGAGAUAUAGCCUUUUUCUGCAACCCCCUCUACCUGGACACAUUCACUGAAAAACUAACUCCGCAGACUGGAAUUUCCAGUCUCGGCAUAUGGUCUCAAUGUUACUUCCGCUGGCUUCCUGACCUUGAAAUACGUUGUGGGGGACGUCCCCAGAUCGACCUGUGGACGAGGAUUAUUGUUUCCGAAGUGUGGGAGUUGAAGGAGAAGACGGAGGGAAAAGAGAACGGAAUACACCUCAGAAAUAGGGAAGAAUACUUCAAACUGCUGAGUACGGUUAACAGCUUUUACCCUUUUAGUCACAAUGCAAAGGAGAUGACCAUCAACAAUGCGCUACUUAUUAAUUCAGAUGCUUUAGAUACGCAGUCAAUACUUAAUAUGAACACAGACUGAAGAAUUGUGCCUAAUGUUUUUAAAGUUGUUUUAUACGUUUGUGUACAGUAUUCGGGUUAUACUCAUUCCAAAAUGAUCUUUUAGGUUAAGACUUCUUAGGACCAAAGUUUAUUUUUACAGAAGAAAGAGUUUUACUAGGUUAUUAUAUUAUUUUUUUCUUUAAUCGUCAGCACCAGUUCUUCAAUAGAAAUUUUAUUUCUGUUAUUCAAUAUUUGAUUAUUCAUUAUUUCAGAGUGUGUAUUUUAUUUGAAUAAGAUCCAAAAAGUGGAGGUAGUUAUUAAAUUCUGCAGCAAGUUUAAUUUCAUGAAAUGGAUUUCUUUUUUCCUGUUUAUACUCUACUCAAAUGUAUAAAACAUGCCUCACAAAUGCUUCCAAGUAUUAAAAAAUGUCUGUAAAUAGUUUUAGCUUCCAAAUAAUCCUCAAAUUAUGAGGAAAAUAUUUAUUGGAAAUGAAAAAGUAUUUUAUUUACAUAUUACAUUAAUAUAUUCAGUAGAUGUUUCAGUUGUAAAUUUGUAAGUACUACUAGAUGUUGUUAUGUUACUUAAGAAAAUGUCGUUUUGUAAAUUUUUCCAUUCGUACCUAAUACAUAUAAAGCUAAGUUUGUGAAUCUUUCGAAGCCAAAUACUGAUUGAACUUGUACCAAUACUUCCCAAUAAAACAAGAUCAAAAGUA